AUGAACUAUAUUGAUCACAAUAUAUUAAUUUAUGAUAACUUUUUUAUUGAUGGAAAAUCUUAUAAAAUUUUGCCCAAAAAACAAGAAAUUCCUCUUGACUACACCACAUUAUUAGUACAAUUCCCAAUACAAUCAGUUGAAUUUGACUAUAAAUUUGGAAUUAACAACGGAACAAAUAAAUCUCAAACAGAUAUUUAUCAUAUUCCAUCAUAUGAUUCAUAUUUAUUAGGUAAAGCAAUUGUUGAUGAUAUUAUCGAGUUCAAAUACGGUAACUACGAUAUUGAUGUCCAUGAUCAAUAUAUAUUAACGAUUCCUGCCGGUUCAUAUUUGCUUUUGACUAAACACGGCGAACUUAAUUCAUCUGUCAACAGUGGAAAGAAUGUUAUAAGAUCUUCUUCACCAUAUUCUAGACAUUAUAUAGCGUAUUCAUUUUAUUAUGAUGGCUACAUAAGAUUCAAUGGAAACAAUCAUACAUCAUUUGUUGUUAUCAAGAAUUCAACUAAUUUACAUUGUGAAAGAAUCAUUACAAUGUUUGGAAAGAUCAAUUACCAAGUAGAAUAUGACCCUAAUUCCUCUUACUGUAUUUAUGCAGUAACAAAUAAAGGAAACAUUAAAAUAAGUCAAGAUAAAAAUGCUAAGUAUUAUGAUGUCAAAGGUAAUGAAAUUUCAUAUCAAAAUAAGUUUGAAGAUUCAGUUGUUGUCUCCAUUUAUAAACCAGAUAUCAAAUCAAGUAUCAAAUUCACAGUUGGUGGAAAUACAGAUUUCCACUAUGUUAUUGAUGAUACAAAGUAUUCUAAUGCGUAUUAUGCAGUUGGAUUAUUAGAAAAUACACAUUUCUCAUUGAAUCAUGAACAAGGAGAAGAUAGAGAGGCUGUCAUUGAUGUCGAAGAAAUUGGUAAAUUCGGUAUAGGUCUUAUAUUGUUAUUUAUUAUUGGUACAGCUAUUGGUGGAUUUAUUUUAUUCGUCUGUGGAUUUCUUGGUUACAAAUUGUUAUCCUCCCGUUUUCGAUCAAACAAUGAUGAAGAUAUUUAUCUAAAUGGCACCAUGAAGAUCAUAAACUCCGAAUCUUCACAAAUUUCAUUUCUAACUCGAUUUUUUCAACGUGACUAA